AUGUCCGUCAAGGUCGCCGUGCGCAGUCGCCCGAUGAGCGACCAGGAGCUGAAAGCGAAGGCGGAGGUCAUCGUUCGCAUGAACGGGAACGAAGUAGAGCUGCGGGGGUCUGUUGACGGGCACGGCGGCAAGUUCCUGUACGACAGCGCACUCUGGUCGACCGGGCAGGUCGUGAACGGUUCCAGCAACGCCGAGGCGUCUCAGGCGUACGUGUACAAUGCGAUCGGGGCGGAGCUGUUGGAGCACAUCAUGACAGGCUACAACGGUUGCAUCUUUGCCUACGGACAGACGGGAAGCGGAAAGACGUACUGCAUGAUGGGCCGUGACAAGGGCGAUCCCGGGCUCAUCCCACGCAUCGCCCAGAGCCUGUUUGAGCACUCCGUCGCGCUGCGCGAGCAGAACGUUGAAGUGUGCGUGGAGGUGUCCUACUACGAGAUCUACAAAGAGAAGGUACGAUGCCUACUGCGCCCCACCCAGGGCGGUUACGACGACACGCGGCUGCGUGUGCGCGAGCAUCCAAAGUAUGGCCCCUUUAUCGAGGGCCUUGCCAAAUUUGUGGUGAACACGCCGUACGAGUUUCUGAAUUUGAUGAGGGACGGCAACAAGGUUCGAAGCACCGCCUCAACAGCGAUGAACCAGGCAAGUAGCCGCUCCCACGCCGUCUUCGCCAUCACGCUCACACAGAAGCAGCAGAACGGCAACCUCAUCACGCAAAAGACGUCGCGGUUGAACUUGGUUGACCUCGCCGGCAGCGAGCGGGCCUCGAAAACGCUGGCGACCGGAAAGCUGCUGACGGAGGGUGCCACCAUAAAUCAAUCGCUCACUUGCCUCGGCAACGUCAUCAGCGCUCUCGCCGAGGAGGAAGAAUCGGGCAAGAGUCGCCACAUUCCCUACCGUGACUCAACGCUGACGUGGAUUCUUAAGGACAACCUCGGCGGCAACUCAAAGACGGUGAUGCUUGCCACCAUCAGUCCCUCGUCGCUGCAGUAUGAGGAGACACUGAGCACGCUGCGCUACGCCGAACGGGCCAAGAAGAUUGUGAACAAGGCGGUCGUGAACGAGACAAACAACAACGAGGUCAUUGCGGCACUGCAGAAGGAAAUUUGGAUCCUCAAGAGCCAACUCGCGAACGCGUCGAUGAAUGAGCGGGAGCGGCUGCAGGAGGAGCUGGAGGCCAGCGAGGCCGUCAAGAAGGAGCUCACCUCGUCUCUGGGGGAGAAGCUGACCUACACCAAGAGGCUGAUGGAGGAGCGCGAGGAGUACAUGCACCGGCUAGAGCUGAAGCUGAGCGCGCAGACGGAGGAGAUUGAGGAACUGCGCAGAGCUAACGAGGAGAAGGAACGGCGCAUCGAUGAGCUGCUGCAACGCAUCCACAGCCUAGCUGCCUCAGGCAGCCCGCCGGACAGCGAAAAGGUGGAGCGGAUUCAAGAGCUAGUGGCAGCACUGGAGCAGGAGCAAAGCGCAGCCGCGACACACAUGAAGGAAAAGCAGCCGCAGAAGCCUACCUGCGCCUCACUGGACAGCAGCGAGGAUGAAGCGGAGUCGCAUUUGCUCGCCACAGCAAAACUACCGGGGCGCCUCAACGCAACGAAGCCCAACACAACCGCCACGCUGGCGGCGGUGCCAGAGACAGAGCAGAGUUCCACUGCUGUCGCGGACAUGGCAACGGAGGUGCCGGUCGCUGUACGCGCCGCCAUUCAGAAGACCCACUCCGCGUUUGUCGUCCACUCUGACGCGAACGCCGACGACGUCGACCACGACCUUGUCCUGGAGUCUCCCUAUGAAAGCGCUGACGAGGAUUUGACCUUAGACGAGGAAGUCCAGCGCCCCGCGCCGGCAGACUCUGACCUCGAGGACAUUCCCACUGAGGACUCCGCUCUUGAACUGCCGCCGAAGAGUCCGUGGACGAGGGACAGCGAGACGGACGAUCUGCUCGCUGACCCAGACAUCGUUCUCGACGACUCGGUAGGCGAGCCGCCUGUUACACCGGUGGGCGACGCGUUCUCGGCACCAGCGUCGACGCCAUCUUCGCGGAUCGCCACAAGUGCAUCGACGGCAGCGGUCGUGACGGCGUCAUUGACAGCAGAUGCGACCCCGUCGGCGAAGCCGCGCGCUGCUCUAUCGGGAGGGCCAGUGGUCCUAUCUCAAGCCUCGACUGAGUCGCCACGGCCGCGGCCUGUAAGCGGGAAAGUGGCGCAUGCAUUGUCUUAUAUGCAAGGCGCGAAGAACAACGGGACCCACGUGACACCGAGAGACUUCUUUACGCAGUCGAGCGAACGGCCCGAGAUCUACCCGCCGAAUGCCCGCACCGCCCAGCUCGUCAUUAGCUCGCAAGCGCUGCCGAACAACCGUUACCUGCACGAGCCGUUUCGCGCGAUUAAUCUGACCGAGUCUUCCCCCACGGGGCGGAAAACGUCAUGUGUCUGUGAGAUGGACAUGUUUCGUGGUCGCUUUUGCAUCCUUGAGACGACCGGCGUCCAGUCCUUCGACUUACCCUGCGUGAAUCUGUUCCGAGUGGAGAAGGACCCUAGGCACUCGCGACGAUUGACGCUGUACUUCCUCGACGCCCUACAUCUGUACGUGCUGGAGUUCGGGUCCACGGUGCGCCGGCAGCAGUUUUUUGAACUGGCGAUGCUGAUGCGGCGCAACUCCGUGCUCUGGUGCCCAUCUCUGUGUGUCGACGGUGAGAACGACGUCGCCAUCACCGUCAAAGGCACCACGCUGGAGCGGCCCGGCAACAGAGACACCUCUGUCACUGGCGAGGUAAAGAUGACGGUGGCGCGUAUGCCGUAUGAGGUGAUCGACAUGUGGUAUGGCUGCUUCUCGCUGGAGGGGAAGCCACUGCCGCGCAGCGUGGCGGUGUUCAGCGGCUUCUUCCCAAAGGAUCAGCGCGAAAUCUAUGUCAUCGGCGUCAUUGACGUGCCAGUGUCGCUGCUCGGGAACGAUGAGCUCGCGAGCUACUUUCUUGCCUACAUUGGCGCCUCGACGUACUUUGUCCUCGCCAACACAGCCAUUUCAUCGGGCACGCACCACACCAGCAACGCCAUGCUGGUGGUCUGCAAGCGCUCCUUCCUUGUGCGAGUGGCAAACAUUCAGCUGCUGGAGGCCCCGUCGCUGCGGAAGGAAGGCGUGUGUCACGGCGACUUCACUGCCACGGGGUGCUCGCUGCGGAUCAACGAGUCUUUUCUAUGUGUCAUUCUGGUCAACGCAAAGCCUGGCACCUACACCAUACAGAACCGGGCGGCGUGCAUUCGCUCGUUGCUGUCAAGCUUUCCCUUUGGAAAGACGUCGGUGGAUAUUUCCAUGAGGUUCGACUACUUUAUCGUCUCCGGCGCCUUCAACUUUGGCGGCGACUUCAGCACCGAGGAUGCGCUCAUUCGGGAAAUCCUUGCCGACAACCUCAUGUCUAACAUGCGCGAAAUGGAACCGAGCCCGACCCUCUCCAGCGCGCCAUCACCUCUUCGCGUUUUCUACGCUGUCCGUCCCAGCGUGUCGCGCAUGGACAUGUCGGUCUACUCGACGUCGCGAGCGCUCAGAUUUGCCAAUGUGUUCUUCUCCGCCGACAUCUUCUGUCAGCGCUCCUUCCUGAGCCUCUUUGGUGAAGGCGUGCCGCGCGUGCAGUUGCUCCUGAGCGACCUGACAAUCAAGGGCGGACUACUCCCGCCUACCCGGUGUGCGGAGCUGCAGGUAUCGCUGGAUGUCUUGGAAGGCUCCCCAACCACCUUUCGGCUUUCCUCGCAGGACGGCGAAUACGUUAUCCCCGACUCGACGGACACAGCCCUUUACCCGUGUGUCAGCAACAUAGAGUACCUCCGACUGCAGACGCUGACGUUCUCUCUGCUGGACAGGAUUGGACCGGCGGAGACGCACAAGCACAUCUUGGUUGCCUCCGGCAUCUUUCCGCUGAAGUCAGUGACCUUGGCUGAACCAGCGCUGCUGCAUAUUGCACUCUACUAUGAGGGAUGCGCCGUUGGCACGCUGACGGCGGUGCUGCUGCAGUUCUACCAUGAACGUAGCAGCGCCGAGUUGAGCACUCUCGGCUUGCCAAACGCCCGUUACGCCACCAUCCUCUCCUGCUACGAGAACGAGGUGCGUCGUGCCAGUGCUCCAUGGACCCCUGCCUCCAUCGUCGAUGACGGUAUAUUUCACUUCUCCGCUGAGGACCCGACCAAGUCACAAGAACGUGGGGCGUACUCUCUGCCGGACCCGCAUGCCUGGCGCUGGACAACGGAGUGGCAGCACGACCACCGUGAGGACGAUCAACAGGGAUGGGUGUAUGCAUACACCGUCGGUGCAGACCUGCAGCUGAGCGCCACUGACUCCUCAAGAAUACGUCGUCGUCGAUGGGUUCGUGUCAUGCAGGCGAGCGGACCCAUCGCCUAUCACACAUACUUGGCUGAAAGGCUGACGACGGCGGCAAUGUGA